AGGCACACCUCCUCUGUGAGGAUGUCCGUAAGCGUUGUGCUACACGUAGACAGAAACCUCGCUGGUGUUGUGUAGUGAUGGCAGCUGCACUGCCAAAACCCCAGAGAAAGUGCAGAACACCUACAGACUACAUCUUUUUUAUAUAUAAAUUAUUUGAAGUAAGAUAUAAAAUGGCCUUCCCAGUACUGCAGUGGUUUGCUCGCUGUGUCAGCAACGUGUCUGAAAGACCAGGCAUGUGCCGUAACCUCUGUUUCAAAGGUCACAGUGCUAUUGCUCCAGGCGUCCAAAAAACCACAGCCUGAGCCAGCGUAUCCAGCAUCAUGGCUGGUCUGAAGAUUUGGUCUGUUUUGAUGGCUAUACUGUGCAAUUUCUGUCAAAGAUGUAUGCCAAGUGGAAUCUCAACGCAUGUUGAAAUAGCACAUAGAGCUUUGGAAUUUUUCAUUUCGCGUGAAGGGAAUGUUAAUUACAGACAGUUGUUACUAAACCACCAAGAUGCAUUUCAGGCUGGGAGCAUUUAUCCUGAUGCCUUUUAUCCUUCAAUCUGCAAAAACGGAAUAUUCCAUGAUGUGUCUGAAGACACUCACUGGUCACCAUUCCUUAAUGCAAGCAUUCACUAUAUCAGAAGGAAUUAUCCUCAGCCUUGGGAAGAGGCUACAGAGAAGCUGGUGGCUUUCCUGUUUGGAAUUGCCUCACAUAUGGUGGCAGAUGUUAGCUGGCAUAGCCUGGGCAUCGACCAAGGAUUUCUAAAGGCCAUGGGAGAAAUUGAUUUUCAUGGUUCAUAUUCAGAAGCUCACAGUGUUGGUGAUUUUGGAGGAGAUGUACUGAGUCAGUUUGAGCUGGACUUCAGUUAUCUGGCAUCAAAUUGGUAUGUGCCUGUCAAAGACCUGGCCUCUAUCUAUAAGGAAUUUUAUGGAAGAGAGAUCAUAACUGAAGGCACAAUUACUGACUGUACUUACCUGCUGUUUCUUGAACUACAUGGAGAAAGGCUUGCUGUUGCGAAGCUUUUUCCAAGAUAUGCUAGUAAAUCUCCAUUUCUUGUGGAGAAGUUCCAUGAGUAUUUCCUUGGAGGAGUGGAUGACAUGGCAUUCUGGACAAACAAUAUUUUUGAGCUGACGAGCCAAAUGCUAGAGAAUGGAACCAGUGGCUGCUUCCUGCCUGAGAAUCCUCUAUUUAUAAACUGCACAAGGGAGCACAAGGACAGCUACAUAAGCAAGCAAUUAAAAAAUGGACAUCACAAGAACACAACCUCUUUGCUUCCAAAUACUCUUGAAAAGAAAAUAGAGUAUACAGAGAGAGGAGUUCACUUCGAUAUACAAUCUUGGGCAACAAAUUCCCUCCAAUACAUAAACCGUGCUUUUGCAAAAAAUGUCUGGAGAGUGUUAGAAUCUACACGUCAAGAAUCCUCUAAGUACAUCUCCAAGCCAGCAGCUUCAUAUUUUCUUACUUCACCAUAUGCUAGACUUGGAUGGGCAGUGAUUUCAGCUGACCUAAACCAGGAUGGAUAUGAAGAUCUGGUGGCUGGAGCACCAGGGUACAGCACACCGGGCCAUAUUCAGAUAGGACGGGUGUAUAUAGUCUAUGGCAAUCACUCAGGUUUGCCACCAGAGGACAUGGAUCUAGAUGGGAAAGCAGAUGAAGUACUGGAGGGUCAUCAGCCUUCAGGCAGAUUUGGUUCUGCUUUGGCAGUCCUGGACUUUAAUGAGGAUGGAGUGCUAGAUCUGGCAAUUGGAGCACCUUCUGUGGGAUCUCAGUUUCUCACUUACAAAGGUGCUGUGUACGUCUAUUUUGGAACUAAGGGAAGAGGCUUGCCAUCUCAACCAAAUGUUACCAUAACUUGUCAGUAUUCCUACUGUAAUCUUGGUUGGUCCCUCCUGGCAGCUGACGUUGAUGGGGAUGGAAAUGCUGAUCUGGUUGUUGGCUCUCCAUAUGCACCUGGUAGUGGGCAGCAGAGAGGAUUUGUGGCUGCAUUUCACUCUCAUUACAACAGGAGUGACCAAGGACUUCUGUCUGUGGAGGAUGCUGACUGGAUGGUGAAGGGGGAAGAAAACUAUGCUUGGUUUGGAUUUUCACUUGACAGCUGCCAACUGGAGAAUGUAACACUACUGCUGAUUGGUAGCCCUACAUGGAAGAGCUGUGUUGGCUGCGAUCCCUUCUCAUCGGAUGUCAGGCAGAGUGUUGGGAAGGUGUAUGGAUAUAACCCACCAAGCACAAAGUACUGGUUUGCAGUAGCUGGAGACAAGGCAAUGGGCAGAAUGGGUUUGUCUCUGGCCAGUGGUGUGAUGUCUGUGGCUGGAAUCAACAGAAAUGUUUUGGUGGUGGGUGCACCUACUACAGACAGCCUGUCUAGGAUUUCAUUUAUAUCCUCCGUGCUGCACCAAGCUGGACUAGCUCUGGUAUAUGAUCUGACAGACAGCACCAAGCCUUCUUUGCUCAGCACAUUCAGUGGGGACAGGAGGUUUUCUCGCUUUGGAGGAGAUAUAUGCUUAAGUGACCUGGAUAAUGACGGACUAGAUGAAAUGAUUGUGACAUCCCCGCUGCGAACUAAUGAUAUCACCACAGUACUGUUCGGUGGAGCAGCUGGCCGUGUUUACAUUUACAACGGAAAGCAGGCAUCCUCAGGGAACGUGACAGGCCACUGCAAAUCAUGGAUAUCUCCCUGUCCCGAGGAGUGGGCACAGUAUGUGCUGAUUUCUCCUGAGGAACAGUCAAGAUUUGGGAGUUCUGUCAUCACUGUGAAAUCUGAAAGAAAGAAAGAAGUUGUAGUGGCAGCAGAGAGAAGUUCAGCGAAAGCUCGACUUGGUGGAAGGCUUUUUGUCUACUCACUCUGAAAGGUCAUGGUAAUCUUUAAGACCAGGGCAAAACAUGUUUUAGUGAAGAAUCUCUCGUAUCUGUGACACUUUCCCUUAACCCAUACAAACCAACAAGACCA